AUGGAGCGGAAAAGCUCAUCGCCAAUGGCCCCCACCUUCAUGGUCUCCGCACCAGGAAAAGUGAUAGUCUUCGGCGAACACGCAGCAGUAUACAACAAGCCAGCCAUAGCAGCCGCAAUCUCACUGAGAUCCUACCUCCUAGUGACGACCCUCUCCAAGUCUCAACGGACCGUGAAGCUCAAUUUCAGAGACAUUGGCCUGGACCACACAUGGAAGAUCGACACUCUCCCAUGGGAUACAUUCCAACAACCAAGCAAGAAGAAAUUCUACUACUCGUUAGUGGACUCUCUGGACCCGGAGCUCCUGGAAGCAAUAAAGCCACACGCAGAAGCAGUAUCCAAAGAUCUCCCAGAGAAACAGCGCAAGAUCCACAUCCGCUCCGCAACAGCCUUUCUCUACCUCUUCCUCUCACUAAGCUCCCCAGAAAGCCCAGGCUUCAUCUACACUCUACGCUCAACGAUCCCAAUCGGCGCAGGCCUAGGUAGCAGUGCAAGCGUCUGCGUCUGUCUAAGUGCAGCCCUGCUCCUCCAAAUCCGCACACUCGCAGGACCCCACCCAGACCAACCGCCCGAAGAAGCAGAGACCCAGAUCGAGCGGAUCAACCGCUGGGCGUUUGUCGGCGAGCUUUGUACACAUGGUGAUCCAAGUGGGAUUGAUAAUACUGUCUCGGCGAGUGGGAAGGCAGUCAUAUAUCAGAGGAACGGUGCAAGUGCACCAACCGUCACGCCGCUGGCUAAAUUCCCUAAACUGCCUCUUCUCCUGAUUGAUACGCAGCAGGCGCGCUCGACGGCAACGCAGGUAGAUAAGGUGCGGGAGCUGAGGACUAACCAUGGACAAUUGACGGAGUCGAUUUUGACUGGCAUUGGGCAGCUUACGGCUUCGGCAUUGGAGCUUAUUACUACUCCUGGUUUUGAUAGUCAGGAUGGAAUCUCCCAGACUCUCGAGCAUCUUGGGACACUGAUCCGUGUUAACCAUGGAUUUUUGGUUUCGCUGGGUGUGUCUCAUCCGCGCCUGGAGCGGAUCCGUGAAUUGGUCGAUUAUACGGACAUUGGGUGGACGAAGUUGACGGGUGCUGGGGGUGGUGGGUGUGCUAUUACGCUGUUCAAGCCAGAUGUGCUGGAAGGCACUAUUCAGGAGCUAGAGCGGGAUCUUACUGCUGAGGGCUUCCGGAUAUACGAGACUGUGCUUGGGGCUGAUGGGGUUGGGGUGCUUUGGCCUGCUGUUUUCCGAACUGGGGGUGACGAAAGUGAGGAGAUUGAUCAGGAGAAAUUCGAGAAUGCGCCUGGGCCCAAAGGGAUUGAGGAGCUUGUUGGAGUUGGGGCGCAGGAAAACCGUGAGGGCUGGAAGUUUUGGACGCGGUAUAUCUAA